AGACGAUUCAGAACGCUUGCCUGAGGAAAGUAUCGUUGUGAACUGCCAACGUCAACUCUCCAAGAUUCGCAGUUAUCUUAUACAAACUGUGCCAAAAUGUCGUCCAAUACACCGACUACAGGCCCAUCCUCAGCCAGCACGAAUGUGACGAGUGGAACAGGUACAGACGUGGUCGGUGGGGAGGUCCGUUCAGCUGGGGUGUCACUCGCAGACUUUCUACUACAGCUGGAGGACUACACACCUACUAUCCCAGAUGCAGUGACAGCGUACUACCUAAACAGAGCAGGGUUUGAAGCUUCUGAUCCCAGAAUAGUCCGUCUGAUCUCCCUGGCUGCUCAGAAGUUUGUUUCUGACAUCGCCAACGACGCCCUUCAGCACUGCAAGAUGAGGGGGUCGGCACAGAGCUCCAGGAAGGCUGGCAAGGAUAAGAGAUAUACCCUGUCCAUGGAGGACCUGUCACCAGCCUUGUCAGAGUACGGGAUCAACGUAAAGAAACCUUACUACUUCACAUGAUGACUCACAGUGUUAAAUACAUGUACACUCAUUAACUACUAGAUAUAUCAAUUUUUCUAUUACCUCAAUGUUUCAAUAGUGUUGCCACCCACCAUCUCAGACUGUCAAAUGUUUCAUUGUCUGGGGUGCCUGUAUUUUAUGUGGACAACCAUCAUUACUAGGUAAAAUGAGUUUACAAUUAUGUAAGUGCAGCUUUGUCAGUGUUCCACCUAUAUACUGUUAGUGUGACCAAAGUCCAGUAACAUUGUCACUAAUUCAAGAACUUGUCCAUAGCUCACGAUCAAAAUUACUGUCAAUGGUGACUGCCAUAUUGCCAUGAAGUGGCAACAGGUUGUGUUCAGCAAGUAGGCUUAAGUUGCCUUUUUUAUGUAUAACCUGCAAAAUAAUCACAGUGUUUUGAUUUGAUAAUAACCUCAUUGAUCAUGGUAAAAUAUUAAGAAAACUCUUCUGUUUGCAGAAUUUGUGACAGUAAAAUUUUGUAUGGUUACUAGUAUAAUAAUCAAAGCGUAACUUUGAAAUACAAG